AUGGGCCCCAGCACUGUGCCCAGCAUGCCCAACUUGGGCCUCACCAUCAACAACCUUACUGGCUCCCCGCUUAACUCAGCCAUUUCAUGCAGCCUCUGCUCUUAUGGCACACCCACCUUGCCCUACAGUGUCUACCAGGAAAGAUGCAUAACCUGUUUGCAGAAUAAUGCCUGCCAGGGGCCCAAUGUACCAGCUGGGGCACAACACUGUGGACUGUCCCCAUUUGAGGAUAUAGAAGUGGAUUUUACUGAGGUCACCCCUAAUUCCCAACUGGAUGAAGACCAGACUCAGAAGAUGCGAACCCUCGUGGCUUCCAUGAGCCAGGAGCAGCUGGACCGUUACGAAGUGUAUCGCAGGUCAGCCUUCCCCAGGGCAACCAUGAAACGUCUGAUCCAGAGCGUGGCUGGCUCGGCGGUGGGCCAGAACGUCGUCAUUGCCAUGUCCGGAGCGGCCAAGGUCUUCGUCGGGGAGGUCGUGGAAGAGGCCCUGGACGUGUGUGAGAAGUGGGGGGAGGCACCCCCGCUCCAACCCAAGCAUCUGAGGGAGGCUGUGCGCAGGUUACGCUCCCGGGGCCGAAUGCCCAGCACCAAGCACAAGAAGAUCUUGUUCUUCUAGG